GAACCUCCUCCGUUUAUGAAAGCAGCUGCCUGCUUGGCAUUUCUCCCAAGUGACCCCAAAACACAUCAAAUCCAGCCGCUAAGUUUUGCAUGGGUGAGGGUGUGUUUGGGUUGAAUUCCAUGUAUACCAGGGCACAAAUCUAGAGGAUGACUAGCUUCAAACAAAGUCCUGUGCAGUUCUCCGAGAAAGCUCACCGAGUCUGCCCGUCCUUCCCUGGCUGGAGUUCCUGGGCACGCUGUUAAGCCAGGAGAAAGAGGAUCUUCGCCAUCCACAGCUCUAUUUUUAACCUCAAUGGCUGUUUUUCUGAAGUCUUGGCCUGCCUGGUCUGCCUGGCCUAAAAAGGCAGGAGUCAAGCUGGGUAAGGGACCUCUUCUGUCUAGAUCCAGGACAUCUUCAGGGCAGAGGAAGGGAGGGGACUCUGACUCUGGUCCUUAAUGAAGGCCAGCUCCAUCCCGUCCCAAGCCAGAUGGCGUUUCGGGACUGCUUCCGAAGUCUGGCGUAUCCUCACAACCCUCGCCCAGCAGACUUGAUUGAAGUCUUCCGUCCUGGCUACCAGCACUGGGCACUGUACUUGGGUGAUGGCUAUGUUAUCAACAUUGCCCCUGUAGAUGGCAUUGCCUCAGCGCUUUCAAGCGCCAAGUCUGUGUUCAGCACGAAGGCCUUGGUGAAAAUGCAGCUUCUGAAGGACGUUGUGGGAGAAGACAAGUACAGAGUCAACAACAAGUACGACACGACGUACCCGCCUCUCCCCGUGGAGGAAGUGAUACUGCGGUCUGAGUUCGUGAUUGGGCAGGAGGUGGCCUAUGACUUACUGGUCAACAACUGUGAGCAUUUUGUGACCUUGCUCCGCUAUGGAGAAGGAGUGUCAGAUCAGGCCAACCGAGCAGUAAGCACCAUUGGGUUUGUGGCAGCCGCUAUCGAUAUCUUCACAUUCCUCGGCUUGUUCCCAAAGAGACAAAGAACAAAAUAUUAGCAGCUUAUUGAAGAGAUUGAAAUUGAAGGAAUCUGCGAGGAGACGGAAAUUCUGGGGUGAAUACUUAUUUUGAACGCAUCAUUAUUUCUCCCGGUCCCCAUGAUGGAUGGCAGACUCUGUAAUAAAUUGCUUGCUGAUUUUAAUCUUA